ACACUUCAUUCUUUGUUUUCAAUAAUCAACAAUAGGCAUCAGAGGUGCUCUUUGAACAAAAAAGUCUCAAUUCAUCACAAAAAAACAAAUAUUACAUCCUCUUAAUUUUCAAGGUUCUGUCAGUUGUCAUUGGAGUUGCGAAUCCUUCUCUAGUUCUUUCGAGUUGACAUAGUCACACGAUGCUGAAAGAAUUGAGAUGUUGUGACUACUUUUAGUCGAGAAAGAUUUGCUGAGAUCUAAGAUAGCUUUUGUCUGCAACGGUUGCUUGACAUCACUCUACUUCAUCUUAGCUAGUCAUUUUCCCAGAGAACACAAUUGUCUGGAAGUGUCCACGGAUUGUACAAUCAGCAAAUGCAGCAAGCUGAGCAAUAUUACGCCCCUUACAAUGUUCUUAAGAACAGUUGUAAGGAUAGUCGUAGCUCAGGGAUGCAGUUCUCUUUUCAGGCACAAGACGAACAAUUCUUCACUCUGGACUCGUCACCAGCUACUGACUAUGUUGUCAAUGAUUCACCUCCUGCCUUGAGUGUGUCUUCCAACAGGAGUCCCUUCUCUCCUCAAUGUUCACAGUCAUACAUGUCUGAUCUGCAUCACUCAUCUGAUAACACUUGUGGUUCGCCUUUGAGUGGCUGUUCAGGAAUUGAUGAUUGUGACUUGAGACAUGUGCUUCGGGAGCUGGAGAAUAAAUUACUGGGGCCUGAAUCUGAUACUGACGACAGCUGCAGUUGCUCCUUGAACGAUAUGGUCUCAAAACCGGCUUCCGUAACAAGGUGGAACCGAGUGUUGGACAUGGCCCCUGGCUUGAACUUGAAAGAGUUGCUCGAUGCCUGCGCUGAAGCAGUGUCAGAUGCUGAUAUCUCAACUGCUGAAGCUCUUAUGAGAGCUUUGGAGCAACGGGUGUCAGUGUCUGGGGAACCGAUGGAACGGUUGGGUGCAUACGUGUUGGAAGGGAUUAGAGCACGACUACUAUCAUCAGGAAGCAUCAUAUACAAAAAAUUGAAGUGCAAAGAACUAACUGGCUCGGAAUUAUUGUCUUACAUGCAAGUCAUCUUUAACAUGUGCCCAUACUACAAAUUUGCUUAUAUGUCUGCGAAUGUCGUCAUCAGAGAAGCCAUGAUGAAUGAGAACAGAAUCCAUAUCAUUGAUUUUCAGAUUGCACAGGGAAGUCAGUGGAUGUUCCUCCUCCACGAUCUUGCUCGUCGUCCUGGUGGACCCCCAUUUGUACGCAUCACAGGUGUUGAUGAUGACGAAUCAGCUUAUGCUCGGGGUGGAGGUCUUCAGCUAGUAGGCGAAAGGCUAGCAGAAGUUGCCAAAUCAUGUGGAGUGCCUUUUGAAUUCCAUGGUGCUGAACUAUCAGGCUGUGAGGUCCAACUAGAGAACCUUCGGGUUAAACAUGGAGAAGCUCUGGCAGUAAACUUCCCUUAUAUGCUGCACCACAUGCCAGACGAGAGUGUAAGCACUAUCAAUCAUCGUGACCGCCUAUUAAGACUAGUUAAGAGUUUAUCCCCCAAAAUUGUGACCUUAGUUGAACAAGAAUCAAACACCAACACUGCCCCUUUCCUUCCAAGGUUCCGUGAAACUCUUGAUUAUUAUACAGCAAUGUUCGAGUCAAUUGAUGCAGCUCGUCCUAGGGACGACAAGGAGAGGAUCAGUGCAGAGGAGCAUUGUGUGGCACGAGACGUUGUGAACAUAAUAGCAUGUGAGGGAGCUGAUAGAGUGGAAAGACAUGAACUUUUCGGAAAAUGGAGGUUAAGACUUAUGAUGGCUGGAUUCACCCCAUGCCAAUUGAGUCCAUCAGUUGGUGAGACCAUCAAAGACAUGUUGAAAGAGUACAACCCAAAUUAUCGGUAUGCAGAAAGCGAAGGAGCACUCUAUCUUGGAUGGAAAAAUAGAGCUUUAGCAACUUCAUCUGCUUGGAGAUGACAUUUUUUUUGCCCUAUGAUCUCGGCGUUU